CUCCUGCGUGGGCCUGCGUAAACUUCCUGUGUGCCUCCCCUCCUCGGCUCCUCUGCGCCCUCCUCCACCUCCCCCCUCCGACCUCUCCUCCCUCUCCUCGGCUCGGCCCCUCUCUUCCUGAGCUCACUCUGUCGUUGGCGUUCGCGUUGACUGGCCAGAGUCCGCGGGGCUGAACACCCUCAUCUGAUCCGCCGACCUCCCUCUCCAUCUCUGCAGCUACUCACCCAUUCAUCUCAGUCCGGCCCUCAGGUUAUCUCACCGCUCAGCAGACGCAGGUUCCUCACAGCCCUUCCUGGUCUGUUUCUGACAUCUGAUUGGCCAUGGCGUACCACAGCUUCCUCCUGGAACCAAUUAGCUGCCAUGCCUGGAACAAAGAUCGCACCCAGAUCGCCAUGUGCCCCAACAACCACGAGGUCCACAUCUACAAGAAGGAUGGGACCCAGUGGACCAAGAUCCAUGAGCUGAAGGAGCACAACGGGCAGGUGACCGGUAUCGACUGGGCCGCAGACAGUAACCGCAUAGUGACCUGCGGCGCGGACCGUAACGCCUACGUGUGGUCCCUGAGGGACGGCGCAUGGAAGCCCACCCUGGUCAUCCUCAGGAUCAACCGCGCCGCUCGCUGCGUCAAGUGGUCGCCGCAGGAGAACAAGUUCGCCGUGGGCAGCGGCUCUCGCCUCAUCUCCGUCUGCUACUUCGAGCAGGAAAACGACUGGUGGGUGUGCAAGCACAUCAAGAAGCCCAUCCGCUCCACCAUCCUCAGCCUGGACUGGCAUCCCAACAACGUGCUGCUGGCUGCGGGAUCCUGCGACUUCAAAUGCAGGGUGUUUUCUGCCUACAUAAAGGAGGUGGAGGAGAAACCCGGCCCCACCCCCUGGGGCAGCAAGAUGCCGUUCGGCGAGAUGUUGUUUGAAUCCGGCGGGUCCGGCGAGGCGGGUCAGUCCUCCGCUGGAGGCGGAGGUUGGGUGCACAGCGUCUGCUUCUCCCACUCCGGCAGCCGCCUGGCCUGGACCUCCCACGACUCCACGGUGUCCGUGGCAGAGGGGGGCAAGAGCGGCACGGUGAACAGUCUGCGCUCCGAGUCUCUCCCUCUGCUGUGCGUCACCUUCAUCACCGAGAACAGCAUCGUGGCAGCUGGCCACGACUGCUACCCGGUGCUGUUUGUGUACAACGGUGCCCAAGCCAGCCUGACGUUCGGCGGCAAGCUGGACGUUCCCAAGCAGACGGCCCAGAAGGGCAUCAGUGCCAGGGAGCGUUUCCAGAACCUGGACCGCCGGGCCUCCGAGACCCAGAGCACCGAGAAGGACCUGAACAGCCUGCACAAGAACAGCAUCAGCCAAAUCUCAGUGGUGGAAGGAGGACGAAACAAGUGCACCAAGUUCUGCACCACCGGCAUGGACGGAGGAAUGGGCAUCUGGGAUGUCAAGAGUCUUGAGUCUGCAAUGAAGGAUUUAAAGAUUGUCUAAACCGAAGUUUACAUCACCCAACGGAUAUUAGCUUCUGGAGAUAUGAAGGAAAACUGCUGCCUUAUUACACAAAGCUUAUUGGCCUUAUUUUAAUCAGGCAUUUUCUAUUCAAUCGUAACGACCAGACUCUGCUCAAACAGUGUUUGUAAUCCCUCUGAAGCUCUUUGCUGAGCUUGUUACUCAACAUUGAAUGUGAGGGACUGGCCAGAUGUCUGCAAACAGUAGUUUAUGAGUUUGGUUGUGUACGUAAAGAGAGCUGCGCCUGAGCUUCACGCUAUAAGCAAUAAUUUUAUAUCAGUCAUGAGAAAAGGCUACAGAAUGUAUUAAAGAGCUUAUGCUGGUCAUAACAUGCAUUUCAUAAAUAAUUGCUGUUACAGUACUGAACAAA